CACAAACCCACACCCAACUGCAUCUUCAGCCUCACCCCACCACAUUUACACAACAACCGACAACAUGACUGGACGUGGCAAGGGCGGCAAGGGCCUCGGCAAGGGCGGCGCCAAGCGCCACCGCAAGAUUCUUCGCGACAACAUCCAGGGCAUCACCAAGCCCGCCAUCCGCCGUCUGGCUCGCCGUGGCGGUGUCAAGCGUAUCUCUGCCAUGAUCUACGAGGAGACCCGCGGUGUCCUCAAGUCCUUCCUCGAGGGUGUCAUCCGUGACGCCGUCACCUACACCGAGCACGCCAAGCGCAAGACGGUCACGUCGCUCGACGUCGUCUACGCCCUCAAGCGGCAAGGCCGCACCCUCUACGGCUUCGGCGGCUAAACGCCCGUCGGCACGACGUCACGCUUCAUGAUGACACUUUUCGGCGCGCUUUUUGCACUUUUUCAUCCAUCGGUUAUGGUUGGGCUGCGAUGACUUUCUCACGGGCAAAUGGGUCUUGCUUUUUUUUUCCUGGUUGGGUUCUGUACCAUAUUGGCGGUCAACAAAGGGGUGUACACGGGUGGACAUACCAGAGCAUAAUCGAUGACCCCUCUUCGGAGGGAGCUUCUUGAUC